ACCAUAACAAAUGUGGCGGCGAGAUUAAAAUUAAACCUCAGCUUAGGUUAACUUUAAGCAGACAUUUCCAAGUAUUCGUUUGUAUCUUGCUUGUAGUUUAUUGUAUGAAUCAACAAGAUGUUCUCUCCAAGAACACCAAGCCUUUCCAACAGGCCUUCACCUUUUGCACAACCACGAAAUUCAAGACUUUCUAACACUACCCCAAGGCGAAAUCUGAGAAACCAGUCAGUGCUAUCAAGUCAGUCUUUUCAAGCCUCACAAAUAUUGGAGGAAACUCCGCUUCAUAGGAUUGAGGCAUUUGGAUCGGCUCUUCCUGUUUUAAUCACAGAAGCCUUAACUUUGUCUGACCGCACCACCACAGAAAUCACUGCUUGUAUAGAUCCGUCAGGUUGGGCUUGGCUUGUAGGCGGCAGAAAAUUGUUUGUCUGGAGGUACAAGUCCACUGGCGCCUCAAGGAAUGUUCAUUGUAAAGAACUGACACUGCCACCUAGUGACCUGGCACACAGUGCCGAGCGUGUGUGUGUGAUACCUAGUGACAAUGACAGUCAGCCGGCUGCCUGCGUGGCUGUGUCCCCUGAAGGUGUGGUCAGGUACUGGCCAAACAUAGCAUUCGAGUCGUCAACUGCAGAAAUUAGCGCAGAACUGAGAGGAGAGGAAUGUGCCAAAGUUAUCAACUUCCAGCCACAUGGAUGCCUUUUGGCCACUACAACCAGCUCUUUGUUACUGCUUGUCCCAUCACCUGGCCAGGCCAUUAUACAUUGCAAGCCUCUGAAAGCUUCUCAAGGUUUGUUCUCCGGAAUAAGUCGGAGGAUGUCGUCUUUUAUCUUUGGGGCCUCACAGAUCCAGACGAAUGGAAUGCCACUGCAGACCAUUCUCGCUGCACCUGUCAAUGAAUAUGAUAAUGAUGAUGACGACGAAGGCGAGGACCUGCGCUCAUUCUAUGUCCUCUCUGGUAACAACAUCUGCAAGUGGCAGGUACCCAGCAUUGGCCCUGAGAAGCUCCUUUAUCAAAUUGAUGCUGAGCGGAUGUUUCGGGAAGCACUGGCUAGAAAAGUCUGGGACCAAGACUCCAUACAACUACCUCAGCUGAAGACAUGGUUGAUUGACUUACAGUUAACAAGAGAAGGUAUUGUCAUGUUUGGUGCUGGUGUCAAUCUGGAGAUUUCACUGAAUGUCCACUUUGCUUUAGCAUAUUUUGAAACAUAUGAAGAUUCUCAACCUGCCAAUGUUAGCGAUCUAAUCAAGCUGAACUAUGACCUCACUUACUCAGAAGCAUCUGAGCACCAGAUCACUUCAUACAAGUUGAUUUACCUGUCCUCAGACAAGAGCAACACUGUGUUCAUCUACAACAAAAACUCAAUCCUCAUGCUGCAAGAUAACUAUAUUUUAGACAAGAUGGAUUUAAAAACCACAGGAGAUAUGUUGUUAGGAGCUGGUAGCUAUGGUGGGGUAGGGGUUUUCUUUUCAAACGCGCAUGGCAUUUUUAGCAUCUCUCCACAAAAGUCUGAGUUAAGUGUGUUAGAUGAGUCAAACAAUCAAAGCACCUCUAGGACUGAUAUGACUUGUAUGGUGUCAAAUGCUGGGAAAUUUAGUGAGAUGUUGGAGAGCAGUGACAACAAGACUAAGCUGAAAGGUGCUUUUAUAGCCUCAAUCAGUGAGGAUCGAGACAAGGUACAGAGCAUAGUGGAUGAGAUUCUCCACCCUGCUCGUCUAGAUCCGAGUGUCAAGUGGGCGGAGCUGGACAACGUCGUGUCUGGGGUCAGCAAGGAUCUGACAGAUGAUUACCCUAAUGCUGACCCACGCUGGGCGGAAUCAGACAAACAAGACUCUACCAGCAGCACAGCAUCAGUCAUCAUCAUACAGCAGCUCAAAGAUAAACAAAAGGCACAUGAUUUGUUUGUUAACUUUUUGAAAAACUACGGCAUCUGGGAGCAACUGAGUGUUGUUGGUGUCCGUGGCUCCCUGAUGCCAACUCGCAGGCUGCUCUGUGAACAUGUGGAGAAGCUUGAAGCUGCCAUGGCCCUGAGAGAGCUACACGCUGACCACCACAAAAUAGUUGACCACUGUAUAAGCAAAGUGUUGAAGCAAAGACGUGUGGCCAUACCUCCAACCCUAACAGCACAGGACAUGUUUUACAGGGAGGUGUCCAACAUCCAUGAGAUCCUGCAGCUGCUGGUCAUGUAUGAAAAAGAGACUCUGUCAUCUGAUCAGAGCAGUCGUAACAUCGUUAACUUGGUGUCAGCCGUCAACAGUAUUUUCCAGGGUAUGCUGCACAAUGCCCUUAAGUAUAGACAACAGAAUGAGGAGUACUACUCUGUUGACAAUGAAGAGAUACCAGAGUACAUUCCUUGGACAGCAACCAGCAUUAUGAGGAAAAUAAUGACAGACCAGAUUGGGCUGACGCUAGACAAAGCCAUCUCUGUGACUCGUGAGGUCGACGUGCAGGGUUCCUUGUUUGACAACAUUGUGAGCCUGGCGGACUUCAUCAUGGACGGGUACUCGAGCCAGCUGAAGUCUCUGCUGUUAGAUGAGAACAGGCAGGAGGACUACAUGAAGCUGGAAAGGGAGUUUGAGAAAGAAAGACACAAGCUGAUUCUACCACUGUUGAACCACAAGCAGUACGACAGAGCAGCAUCCCUGGGGGAGAAGUACGAGGACUUUGAGAUGCUGAUGAGGAUAUGUGACGUCACUGACAACCAGGAGAGGAUACAUAAAUACCGGUCUCAGUUUGCUGACAAGGGGUUUGCUCAAUUUUCAUUCAACUGGUACAUGAAAGAAGGAAAAAGAGGUCACCUUUUGUCACAGCCUGUCUCACAGGGGGAUGAACUGAGUAAAUUUUUAGACUCCAGCAAUGUCAAGUAUCUCAGCUGGUUGCAUGAGAUCAAUCGAGGAAAUUUCCUUGCUGCUCAUGACACACUGGCAGAUUUGGCCAGAAUGGAAACAAAUUUCCUGGCCAAGAAAAAGACAUUGCUAAGUUUAAGCAAGCUUGCGGCUCUUGCAGCAGAUGAGGAGGAAGAUGAUAUACAGGAUCGUAUAGAGAUGAUCAAUGAAGAACUAGAUUUGAUCCUACACCAGGAAGUACUGCCAGUAGAAACAAUUCAGAAUGUAGGGAUGGAUCCUAACAACAUGCGUGUUUUAACACCAGUUGAACUUAUUGAGCUGUAUAUCAGUGAACACAACCAGUCAGCCAAUGAAGGGGAUGUGAAGAAAGCUUUAGACCUGUUGCAUCACAUUGAUAAGGAAGGUGAACACGAUUAUGAAGCACUGAGGCUUCACAUUUGGUGUAGGGCUAUUCUAAUGGAUGACUGGAGUGAAAGAACAAAGGAGGAGACAGACCCCUUAGACUCAGUUAAAGAUAAAAUUUUCUUCAAAACAGUGGAUCUGGUUCAUAUGGAUGAUGAGUUGGAGCAACUUCUCCCAGAGCUGAAAGUCCUGAUGUCAGCCAAGGAACUGUCCAGUCUGACCAAGCAGCCGCAUUUCAAGUUUUUGAUGCAGGCAUGCUAUGAACAGAUACAGAAGGAAACAUCUAUGAUGGAUUAAGGGGCAGAUUCCUGGGAAGAGCCACAAGGACUAUCAUGGCAGAUUGAUUUUAAGGAGCCGCAAAAUACUUAAAGUGGAUUACAGGCAGAUAAUUUGUAGUGGAACAUCGUAAUGGCUUAACAUCAGGAAGUCAGAAAAAUUAUCUACAAAUAAUAUCUGUUGGCUAUUGGUUACCUCAGUGUGUUCAUUAAAGAUAUGGUCCAAGGGAAGUAAUUAGCUAAAAAAAAAGCUGGUUGAAUCAGAGUUGUCAACUAUUAUGGUCAUGUACAUUUGAGAAUAAAUGUUGUAUGUUGAUAUUUUUAUAAUUGUGAAACAAUAAACUGUUAUCAUGUA